AUGAUGCAGGCUGUGAGUCCGUAUUCCGGUGGUUCCCGGAGUAAAGCUGAGAUCUUGGCGAGGUAUAGGCCGAUUGCGCCCAAGCCCGAGGCGCCCACUAGUCCCUCUGCCGAUAAUAAUGCCUUGCCGGAGAAUAUUAGGAAGUCGGCGUUUCUCCGGAAUGUGUGGCCGCAUUUGCAGGCCCGGCCGACCAGGACACGGAAGCGUGGGCGGUCGGCUUUCGCGCUGCCGCCGUUGAAGAGAGCCAGGUCUUGUUUCCAGGGGUUUGCUCCGGCGGCGGCGCCCCCGCCCCCGCCGUAUCAUCAGGUAUUGAACUCCUCCGCCGCUGCUAAUACUUGGGCUAAUUACCCCACCGGUUUUCCCCAGAUUCCGAUGAUCCACCACCCUAAUCUUCCGCCGCUGAUGGAUUCUCCGGCGGCGGCGGAGACGUCCGGAGGAGGGCGCGUGCUCCGGGGGAUUGAUUUGAACCGGGAAGCCGCCGAAUCCCCGGAGGAGUUCGAUUUCAUGCCGCAAUUACAACCCGUGAUCACCCCGCACCCCGUCCGAUUAAUCGGCUCCACCGUCUUCGUCGGCUGUAUACUCCAUUCCGACCCGCCGGCGCCGCCGUACACGACCUCACUAAAAACAGCAGCGGACGUGGAGAGCGAGGCGGAGGCCGUGUCCCUACCCAUUCUCGUCUCCGACGUCAACAACAAAGUCCGGCUAGCCAACUCCGCCUACAAGGAACUGGUGGGGCAGCCGGAAUGCCGCUGGCUCGACCUCCUCCCGCCGUUCCACAGCCCAUGCAAGACGAUCUCCGGCGAGGUAGCCAUCCAAUUCUCCAACUCCGUCAAUCUCCCCGUCUCCUCCAACAGAUUCACUUGCUGGGUAAGAAUGGAAUGGAGCAAUAACGACGGGAAGAAAACCACCGUCCGAGCUUUCUGCGACGCCGUCAAGCUAGCUUGCCACUCAAAAGACUACCUGUUUCAAUGGAGGUUCCAUACCUCCGACAAUAAUUCCUCCAAAUCUGCGUGCUUUCAACAUCCUUAA